AUGUGGCCUGUUGUUAUUUUGCUCUUUGGAGGGGGUAUUUUAUUUGCAAAAAGGGGAAUGAAUUAUAUGAAAAAUCAGAAGCUAAAUUUGAACAAUAAAAACUUUUUUUUCCCAUCUGGUUUUAGCAAAAAUUUUAAUAAUCUUUUUUUAAAGAAUGAUAUGAAAGGAUUUGAAAGAAAUAUGUCCAAGUCAGAAGCAUACAAAAUAUUAAAUAUAAACCCAACAUCAAAUAAAGACAGAAUUAGGGAGGUUCAUAAGCAGCUUAUGUUAAAAAAUCAUCCGGAUAAUGGAGGCUCUACAUAUAUAGCAGCGAAAGUUAAUGAAGCUAAAGAUGUUUUGCUAAAAUAG